UGGGAGCAUGUUUCAGAGAGACUUCCAUCCUUCAUACCGCGAUGAAGGCAGGCAGCGCUUUAGGUGAAAACUGACAACAGCUGCAGGGUUUCAGAAUGGCCGGAGACCCGCUUCCUCUGAUCUGCCUGUCCUUCAUUGGUGCUGAGUCACCGGAGGAUGACGCAAUGCCAACCCCGUAUUAGUGGCACAAGAGCGAAAAAAGAUUGUCAUAAAGAAGGCUGAAAAGGCAGAGGGGAUUCGGUUCUGUCAAGCCAUGUGUAAAGGUACUGCUGACAGACAAUCUACAGAUGCUUCCAUUUGAGACAAACCAGGGGACUGACGGAAAGUGGAGCACUGGACAGACAGGACCCGGAAAUGACCGAAGAGCACUUAGCCCCUGCAGGGGCUGGCUCACCUGAUGAGGGUCAGAAUGGAGCUAUCCGCAGUCGGACACCCACCCCGCAUGCCCUGCAGCCGGACAGGACUUCUAAAGCUAAUGAGUGCAGUUCUGAGUCAGAGUGUCAGAUCUUCACAGCAAGAGAACAGAGUGACCCUGUUGUGGAGAGACAGCCAGCUGCUCCAGAUGGGGGUUGGGGCUGGGUGGUGCUCGUUGCCACAAUUCUGGUUCUGGCAUUGACCCUCGCUUUCCCUUCCUGCAUUGGGAUCUUUUACACUGACCUGCAGACUGAGUUUGAGGCCACCAACAGCGAGACCUCAUGGGUGCCUUCCAUAAUGACAGCCGUGCUGCAUGCAGGAGGUCCACUCUGUAGUGUUCUGGUUGAGCACUAUGGAUGUCGUGUGACGGUUAUGAUUGGUGGGAUUCUGAGUGGCUUUGGCAUGGCGGCCAGCUGCUUCACACAGUCCAUUGGCCAGCUCUACAUCACAGCUGGGAUCAUCACAGGUAUGGGCUUCUGUCUCAGCUUUCAGCCAGCUGUCACUAUCCUGGGCCACUACUUUGUACGGCGGAGAGCUUUUGCCAACGCCAUGUCCUCCACUGGCACUGCCAUUGGCCUGUCUGUAUGGCCUCUGUUUGUACAGGUCCUGCUGAGCCAUAUGGGCUGGCGGGGUAGCUUCCUCAUUCUGGGAGGAGUCUUGCUGAACUGCUGUGUGUGUGGGGCUGUGAUGAGGCCGGUCAGCCCCAGACAGGAGCAGAAGGGCAGAAGACUGGACCAAUCGCCAAGGGACAUGCCUGGGCAAAAGGACACGAGUGAAAAAAAAAUGGAUCUAAACCAGAUUUUAAACAGGAAAUUCAAGGUCUUCCUAUCUGCUUUGCAGAAACACAUGGCCUUUGACCUCUUCUGUGCCAACAAGCGCUACCAAACAUACACCAUCGGCAUCACCUGGAUGAUGCUGGGCUUCAUUGUUCCUCUCAUCUAUGUGGUUCCUUAUGCCACCAGCGAGGGAAUGGAGCAGAGCAAGGCUGCCCUCCUGCUGGCGAUCCUGGGCUUCAUCAACAUUUUCAUGCGCCCUCUGGCUGGCCUCAUCUUUGGCCUGAGCUACUUCUCUGGAAAACACAUCUACAUAUUCACUGCAGCAGUAGUGGUCAACGGCCUGAGCAACUGCAUCUGCUGCAUUUCAGCUGACUUCUUAGUGCUGGUGGCCUACUGCGUAGUGUAUGGCCUGUCCAUGAGCAUCAUCGGAUCCAUUCUUUUCACUGUGCUGAUGGAUAUAGUGGAGAUGAGGCGCUUCCCCAGUGCCCUAGGACUUCUCACCAUCAUGGAAAGUGUGACCCUCCUCAUUGGGCCACCCCUGGCAGGCUACCUGGUGGACAGGACCCAGAAGUACACCUAUGUGUUCUACGCAUCCAGUGCUGCAGUGGUGUCAGCUGGACUGUUCCUCUGGGUCUCUGCUUGGCUGCUGGAUCGGGAGGAAGGGAGGGCGAAAGACCAUGAGAAAUGCUCUGACCCACUUUCUUCAGAUUGUAGAUACACUGGUAUGGAGCGACGCACGUCCUGCAAGCAGAACAGCACAGAGAUGGUAUACAUCACCAGUGUUUGAGAGGUCUCUCCGUUUGCUAUUUAGAAGGAUCCCCUUGUUGUAGGUACAUGACCUGGGAUAAAAGUGCCUCUUGAGAACAUU